GAGGAGGGCGCGACUUGGGGCCUCGCCCUCCCCGAGCCUCCCCGGCUUUGGCCUGUGGCGCCUGCGCUGCCAGUCUGCCUUUCCUCCCCCCUCAGGGCGUGGGCCCAGCAUGCUCCGCAUCGUCCGAACAGCCUGCGGGGCCGGGGGGCGGGGCUGCCUGCGGCCCGCGCCGGGGCCCUGCGGCCCCGGGGCCGCCUCCCGGCCCCAUUCCUCCCUGACCACCAAGAUGGGGGAGUAUCGGAAGAUGUGGAACCCCACGGAGCCCCGGAACUGGGCCCAGCAGUACCAGGAGCGCUUCAUCCCCUUCUCCAAGGACCAGCUGCUGCAGCUCCUCCUGCAGGUCACCCGGGGAACUACAAGUUCCGGCCGCUCCCAGGCUGUAAACACGCUUUCCCCCUCCCUGGGGCUGGAGUGCCCCCCAGAGGAUGCUGGGAGUUGUGGUUCCCAGCUCAUGCUGAGGAAUUUCUGCCAGAAAACUACAGCUCCCGGCAUGCUCUGGGGCAGUACUCCCUCCCUCCUCACCCUUCCCUCUUGCUGCGAGGGGCGGAAAACUCUAGAGUUUCACUCGGGGCCCUCGGCCAAGGCUGCGCUCCUGGAGUUUGCGGCCCAGGUGGACUUGUGCACCCUGUAUCAGUAUAACUGCACCCUGACCCAGCUGCAGGCACUGUACAGCCCCAUCAACCCUGACCGCGAGACUCUGGAGCAGCCCUCCCUCACGGACCCUCAGCGUCCCAGCAGGCAGGGGUCCCUGCGGGCCCCUGGAGCCGCUGCCAGGCCAGCACCCGCUUGGAGGGGCCCCUUUGGCCUCGCCCUGGUGGUCCAUCACCCGCAAGACGAGGUCCAGGUGAGCAUCAACCUGGACCACUACGCUUACAUGCAGUUCUGGGCCCUGGGCCAGCGAGUGGGGCGGCUUCCCCGCAAGUCCAUAGUGGGCUCUGAACGGGGCUUCUUCACCAAGUCCCCUCCCGCUGAGCGGCGCUACUUUAAGCGGGUGGUGGUGGCGGCCCGCACCAAGCGGGGGCACCUGGUGCUCAAGAGCUUCAAGGACACACCCCUGGAGGGGCUGGAGCAGCUGCUGCCCGAGCUGAAGGUGCGGACGCCCCCCCUGCAGCGGGCCCUGCUCAACCUGAUGCUGCUGGCCUCCGGCCUGGUGUUCUUCGUCAAUGUGGGCAUGGUGGUGCUCUCCGACCUCAAGGUGGCCACCUCCCUGCUGCUUCUGUUCUUCACCAUCUUCAUGGCGCGGCGAGCCUCCAAGAUGUUCAGCCAGCGGCGGAACCUCCAGGCCCUGGAGCUGGCGCACAUGCUCUACUUCAGGAGCACGUCCAACAACUCGGAGCUGAUCACGGCCCUGGUGCGGCGGGCCCAGGAGGAGCACGCCAAGGAGGUGCUGCUGGCCCACAGCUUCAUGGGGCGCCGGGGCCCGGGGCCCCCCGAGGGUGAGCUGCGCCCCCCGCCCCGCCCCGGCUCCCCGGGCCCCCGCCCCCCUCCCCCAGAGAGCGCCAAGUGGCUGCAGGACUCGGUGGAAGCCUGGCUCCUGGCCCGCACGGGCUGCGAAGUGACCUUCAACGGGGCCCGGGCCCUCGGGCACCUGGAAGCCCUGACCCAGAGCCCCUCCCCGGGCGCCCCGCGGCAGAGACCCCCCGGGCCUCCCCGGAGGCCGCCGAGCGCCGAGUGAGGCCGUCCCGGGGCCGCCGCCCAGCCUGGGCCGAUGCUACCUCCGGCUCCCCCCGUGCAACAGCCGUCCCUGCGCCCGUGGCCGCCGUGGCCGCCGCUGCCGCCCAAAGAAGUGAGGCCUGGUUCCCCCGGGCCUCCGGAACCUCCCGCUGCGCCCUCUCCCGGCCGCGCCGGGGCCCCUUCCCCGCUGGCCCCCCAUCCCCCUCCCAGCCAGCGCGCCAGGACCGCGUUCUCUGAUUGGGCAGAGCCGGCCACGCCCCCUCCCCCCACCUUAGACUGAGGCUGCGGGAGCUGGGGGAGUAAGCAUUUAUAGAGCGCCUGCUGUGUGCAGGCUAAGCACUUGA